AUAUUGACUCUGGCUCUGGCGCUAGGCCUGGGUUCUUUCAUGGGGCUCAAAAUACAGGCGCUAGGGGAGGCAACUUUGUCGACGUCGGUAGCCACUUUAGUGGAACCAUGACUAUCACAAAUAGCUAUCAGGUCGCUACCACCCCUAGCCAACGAAAUGAUGAUCCGAGGAGCUUGCCCCGGUUCAUCGAUCCCCACAUCGAUCUCUUAUCUCCUCACUUUACUGGGCAUGUAAAAGACCUGGAGCAACUGCAAAAGUUGUUUGAUACAAGCCAGGGUGACCGACCUACCCAAUGCGCGAUCUACGGAAUGCCUGGUCUUGGAAAGACUCAGCUGGCCUUGCAGUACGCCAAAACGGAAUAUGACAAUAAACGAUUCUCGCACGUGUUUUGGAUUUCUAGUACUACCGUAGAGAAGCUUCAAGAAGGCUUUGCUAGGGUCUUAUAUUUCACUGGGAAAUCGGAUUUGCAUCAGGAUCAAGAGGCAAAGCUGAUGUUCGUCCGUGACUGGUUUGAGAAAUCCGGUCCUCUAUCUUGGCUCAUCGUGUUCGACAAUGUCUCGAGAGACACAGUUAAAUUUCUCUGAACAUAUCUGCCUCACUCAAAUGCACAGGGAAGGAUUUUAUACACCACCCGAACUCAGCAUGUCGCAGACCUGGUGGUUCUUGCUGCAGGACAGCCGGAUAAUGUAGUCCAUCUCGACGUGCUGGAUGCGAAGGAGUAGAGUAGAUGGUGAACUGCGUCGGACGACUGCCGCUGGCCAUAGUGCAGGCUGGGUCUUUCAAGAGACAGUCGACGUACAGCGUAGAGGACAGGUUGGUUCUAUAUAAAGAUUCCACCCAAAAAUCACAGAUGAUACAGUGGGACAAUGAUCUCGACGAUUACGAGGCAAAGUCUGUUGCUGCUGUGCUUGGCAGUCUUCUGGAGCACGCAUUUCAAGAUACUGACACUAGGAAUUUUCUUAAAUUGCUUUCGUUCUUUGACCCAGAAAGCAUUGCUUUAAAUGUCAUCAUCGAGACUGCGAAGAACAUUACUGAAACCAAGCAUCAGAUAUCUGCAGAGGUAAUGGAUGCACAUCCCCAGCCUAAGGGUGGAAUUGUGCGAACUAUCAUGCACAAGCUGCAUAUAAAAACGGCAAAAGCAACAAUACCUUCGAAGAGACAGAGAUGGUCUUGAUCAAGAGCACUCUGAUAGAACAUCUCUCUGCUAUGAUAUGUUCUAUUGGUCUGUCUCGAGUCAUUCGACAGCUACAAGAACUGUCAUUGGUUUACUGUACUGGCAGUGUGGAUGCCACUGUGUUACACAUGCAUGAUUUAACCAGCUUUCUUGUUCGAGAGAUGACAAGAGUGGAUGGUUUCUGGGAGGACUUCUUCGACUGCACUGUCGAUUUCAUAGGGGUUGCUAUAGACAAUAUCUCUGAUACUGGUUCCCCCAAAUGUUGGCCACAGUGUGCCCUAAUUGCUUCACACGUACAAUCAUUGGCAAACAUAGAAAAUAUACAGGGAGCAAACCAGAAGCUUCUUGGUGGGAGAUUUUUCAUGGCAGAAUACAUGCACAUCCAAGGAAGAUAUAAAGAC